AUGGCAUCAGCAGAGAAGCAAGAGCUAGGAUCGCAGGGACUAGGCGAUGCAAAAGAUACCACGCUGAAUUCCGGUUCGCCAGGCACAGACUCUGAUAUUGAAGCAUUCGAUACCAAUAUUGACGAGAAGCGACUGCUCCGCAAGAUUGACAUCCAUCUCUUGCCUGCAGUUGCCGUACUGUACCUCCUCUCUUUUCUCGACCGCAGCAAUGUUGGCAAUGCGAGGCUCGAGGGUCUCACUACUGAUCUAGGCAUGACUGGAAAUCAAUACCUUACAUCUCUUACACUUUACUUCAUCGGUUAUGUUGUCUUUGAAAUCCCCUGCAAUAUCAUCCUGAAACGAACUACGCCCAAAUUCUGGCUCCCUACGUUGACACUCCUGUGGGGGGUCGUGGCCACGCUCAUGGGCAUCACGCAGAACCUCAAGGGCUUCUUCGCCGUGCGCUUCUUUCUCGGUGUCGCCGAAUCAGGCCUUUUUCCAGGCGUCGUGUACUACUUCAGCAUGUGGUUCAAGCGCAACGAGCGCCAGUACCGUGUAGCACUUUUCUUCAGCAUGGCCAGUCUGGCAGGUGCCUUUGGCGGCAUCCUGGCCUACGGAAUCGGCUUCAUGCGCGGCGUAGGUGGGCUUGCCGGCUGGCGCUGGAUCUUCAUCCUCGAAGGCCUCCUGACUGUCGUCGUCGCCUCGUUUGCAUAUCUCUUCGUCAGCAACUAUCCAGGUACGAGUGACUUUCUAACACCCGCCGAACGAACAUUUGUCGUCCAGCGUCUACGAGAGGACAGUGAUGCUACAGAAGACGAGGCGUUCGACUGGGCCAGCGUGCGCAACGCCCUACGCGAUCCAAAGUGCUGGCUCUACGGCCUAGUCUUCCACACCCUCAGCCUCCCGCUAUACACCCUCUCUCUCUUCCUACCCAGCAUCAUCACCGCCCUCGGCUACACCGCCGCCACAGCCCAACUCCUCACCGUACCCCCCUACGCCCUCGCCACCAUCCUCACCCUCCUCCUCGCCAUCCUCUCCGAACGCCUUCAAACCCGCGCCGUCUUCAUAAUCUGCACCUCCUCUCUCGGCGCCCUCGGCUACAUCCUCCUCCUCGCGAACCCAGACCCACGCCACCGGCCCGCGCUCUCAUACGCAGGCACCUUCCUCGCCGCCGCAGGCAUAUACCCGUCCGUGGCGCUGGGCCUCUCGUGGCCUGCCCUCAACGUCAGCGGGCAGACGAAGCGCGCCACGGCGACGGCCAUGCAGAUCAGCAUUGGCAAUUUGGGCGCUGUGCUGGGUACGCAGCUGUAUCGCCCCGCGACUAUGCCGCGGUAUCUGCUCGGACACGGAUUUGCGCUCGGGUAUCUGGUGGCGAAUGUCGUGGUUGUGGCUGUGUUGAGGAGCGUGUUGGUGCGUGAGAAUGCGCGGAAGGAGAGGUUGGCGGCGGCAGAUGGGGCGGGGGAUGCUGAUGUGAAUAGGGGCGAGGUCGAGGGCCGAAGAAAGAUUGAGGGCGACGAGAGGGUGGAGUGGAGGUUUAGUUAUUGA